GUUUGACUCACUUCCCCAGUUAUCGUUAUUCGUGGUGUGUGUCUGGAAGAAACGGAGUCACUUUAAUUACGUUCAGUUUUGGAAUAAUACAGCAGUUACCAAUCGUAAAAUGGCUCGUACCAAGCAGACCGCCCGCAAAUCCACCGGGGGAAAGGCGCCAAGGAAGCAGCUCGCUACAAAGGCAGCCAGGAAAAGCGCGCCAUCCACCGGAGGAGUAAAGAAACCCCAUCGUUACAGGCCAGGAACCGUGGCUCUGCGUGAGAUCCGUCGUUACCAGAAGUCAACUGAGCUGCUGAUCCGCAAGCUGCCCUUCCAGCGCCUGGUGAGAGAAAUCGCCCAGGACUUCAAGACUGACCUGCGUUUCCAGAGUGCUGCCAUUGGAGCUCUUCAGGAGGCUAGCGAAGCAUACCUGGUGGGUCUGUUCGAGGACACCAACCUGUGUGCCAUCCACGCGAAGCGUGUCACCAUCAUGCCCAAAGACAUCCAGCUGGCCCGGAGGAUAAGGGGAGAGCGGGCUUAAAUGGCAUUCAACUGCCUGCUCCAGACAUAAUCCUAUUUAUCUUAACAAUUUCAUAUGUUUUAUUUUUAUUUCCUGUUUUGUCAUGUAUUUUAGAAUGAUAAGAGAUCAGUCAUUCCACAAACCUCAAUUCAGAUCUGGCCAAUGUGAGGACAGCGGAAUGUAGGAAUAUCUGCUUCAAUUGCAAAUGAGGCUUGUUUUUACAUUGAGUAGAGGAUAGUGUAUUACAUGACUGUUCAGUCAAAUGUUAACUGUCUCAUUUUGGAUCCUGGUGGAUAGUAUAGGCUCCAGAUGAGGUUGGAGCUCUUGCUUGUGGUUCGGGGGGGGGGGGGGGGUUCAAGAUGUCUGAAUUCUUCUCAGCUGCCAGGGGAAGGAAUGGUCUGGGUCCUUCAUCAAUUUCCACCCUUUGUCUGUCAGCAUGUCUUGCACAACACCUCACUACUACACAGUGGCGUCGGGAUUUACCUCUUGACACUGUCUGGGGAGGCCAGGAGUGCGACAAAGCCCCCCUGUAUAUUCUCAACUGCUUUUUACAUGUUAUUUUCCCAACAUUCAACACCUUGGCAGCUACAUUUAAUACUAUUUAUGGAAGCGUUGUCGCAUUGUAGUCUUUCUAUUAAAUGUCUUUAUGAAUAAA